AUGGCCUUCCGCUCGGCGCGGCCACUCCGAUUCCGCCUAACCAGGCUCUUGCGCGCAGGAGGUGCAGAAGACGCAAAGCCCCGAUGGACACUGCCUGAGGCAGACUACCACAAAUAUACGUACCAGCCAUCCAUUCCGGACAAGCACUUCAACAUCGGCCACUGGAACUAUGCCCCCAUCACCAUGUGGCUGCGUGCUCGGCGCCCCGCCAUGGAGAAAGUGCUGGGUGACGUUUACACCACCCUCACCAGCACAGGAAGUGCCCUCUGGUCGCCCAUCUAUGGCAACAUCCAUGCCAACCUCCCUGGCUUCGGCUACAAGUUCCUCGGGCUGGUAGGCGCUCUGAUCGGCUACAACCUGGCCGUCAUGUACGUGACUUCCCGUACUGAGGCGUGGAUGUUCCUCGAGAAGAUGCGUCUGUAUGCCUUGGGCGAUGAGCUAGUCAAGAAGGGCUUCUUCAUGUCCGAUGCAGAGGAGGCGCACUCGCGCCAGCACAAGUACGACCACGAGGUGGAACGCCUGAACCAUCUCUGGGAGGAGGCCAUCUCCGACGCCACGCAAGCCAGAUCCUUUGACAGGCUGUGUGAGCAUCUGGCCGUGGAUUCUGAGAAGCUUCCGGUGACCGAGAUCCCCAAGCCGAUCUCCUGGCGAUUCAGCCUCAUGCCGUAUGGACGGGAGGACCCCGAUGCCAAGACCUUCAGCUUCGCCCCCGUGGACUCACCGGCGGCCAGCAAUUACUUCUUGCUGGACAUGGGGAAUUCCGGCGACUACAUCGACCGCCAGGACAACAAGCCGAAUCCCAUCCGCAAGGGCCGUCACAUGUACACAGCUGCAUACAUGCCCCCGACGAAGUUCAUCGAAAGUAGAGAUUUUCAUCCACAGGUGCAGUGGAUGCUGUCUCAAGGUGCCCGCACAGUUGGCGCUCCACCGGAUGCAGCCGGCGUGUCCACGCUGCGCCUGGAUGCGCCGAGCCGGCGACACGGCCAUGUCUUCUAUCCGCGUGAGGACGCCUCUGCCAGGCCGCCGUCGAGGAGCCUGUCCCACGCAGUGCUGAGAGGAGGAACCUCAAGCGUGCCAGCUCAUCCGUUGGCUUCUUCUGCCUCCUCACCAGACCUUGUUGGCCUACGAUCAGGCCGAUCAGGCAGGCAAGAGAUCAAAGAGAUCCCUCCUCUGCGGUUUCCUUCGCCACCGACGGGCUACAGAGUGUGCCCACCCUACGCCAGCGACGCCCACGGCGGUGACGGCCAUGUGGGUUUGCGGAGCUCAGAGAGAGCCCCAGCAGUUCCGUCGACCGCGCCUUGGGAGGGACGCGCGAGGUCGACGCAGCCAGCGGUGGCGCCGGCCACGUGGCACUACCGGCCACCCUCAACGCGCGGGCGCGAGCGCGACCAGUCCGUCGGCUCGGCGCGAGGUUCGGAGCGCUCGACGUCUUCGGCUUGCGUCGAGACCAGAGGCUUCAGAGGACCGAGGAAUUCGAGACAGGAGGAGGCACGUGAGGCGAUCUUGCGUGCGGCCUCGCCUCUGCGACCAACAGGAUUGGUGCAGAGCUCCCAGCAGAGCAGAGACAGGCCCAAAGCGGCUGCGAGAGGCCGGCCUCGGCCGCAAGCGAGCAGAGGUGCCCUGCUGGCGGGCAACAAGAUCUCACAGGCCCGCGCCGAGCUCCGCGCGAGGAGCCGGGAUGAAUCUCUUUGCGCGUGUCAACGUAGGGAUUGCUUCGCGUGCUCUCAGCUCUGCUUUCCCCUGCGUCUGUGUCCGGUUGAACGAGCUCCGCGUGCCAUAGCUCUGAACGUGAUCACGGGUUCUGGAAGCAUGAUGGGCUAG